UAAAUCUAUCAUUUCCUUCAUAAUGUUAAGAAGUGUAGUGUUAAUAUAAAGGGUGCUUUUGACAACAUGAAGCUUCUGUGUACAUUUAUUUCAUCAAGGACAUUUUUAAGUAACCCUGUCAAAAACAUUUUACCUCUAUCAUUAAACUGUAAAUUUAGUGCAUUAUCUUCCGAUGCUGUGCAGGUAAAAAGGAAAAAUAGUUCAGAUUAUUCCUUUGAAUCAAAUGUCGUUCGAUUGCAACAAGAAUCAACGGAGUUUUCAUGGGAAGCAAGCAAAACCGUUGUCCAUUGUCAUUAUAAAAAUGGACUUGGGAGUCUUCCGGUGGAAGUGAAUGUGUACGAUAAUGGUCUGGGGGACGAUGCUCCUACGGUUGUUAUGUUGCUCGGUCUUUCCGGCAGCGGAGAGGACUUUAAGGAUAUGGUUGCUUCUCUGAGUUCUGCAGGAAUUCGAUGUGUUGCGCCUGAAAUUCCAGGGUUUGGAGACAGUGUGAUAUCUCGAUCUGAUAUAUAUCGACUUGAUUUCACCUCCAUUGGCCAGAGUCAAAUGUUGACAGAUAUUCUGAAGAAAAAGAAGAUAGCAAGAAUAGACAGUGUCGUAUCACACAGUGCAGCAUCCUGGCUGGCUGUCCAUUUUGGUUCAUCACAUCAAAGUGUGAAAUCCCUCUUCUUAAUAAAUCCAUUGAGCAUCCGCCCUAAUAAGGCUAUGAGGCCCUAUAUUUGGACAAAGCUGGUUGGUGCGACUGCUAGAAAAGAAAUGCUGUGGCCUGUUGCUGAUUCUUACAUAAAUACUGGUGCUCGAAGAUCAGGUUUCAAGAUUCCUCCGCACAAACACCGACAGAUGUAUGUUUCCCUGGAAACUGUAUCUACUGUUGAUUUUAAUUUGGUCAUGGAGAACGUAAAAACCAUCCAAUCAAAACGUCUCCCAGCAAUGGUAGCAUGGAGUAAGAAGGACAAGAUGAUUGAGGAACCCUUAACUCGUCAGCUAGUGGGUUUACUUGGUCUGAGAAAUGAGAUACCAGUAACUGGUCAACCUACUAAAGGAUGCCAAUACCCUUUCACCAAGGAACUAGUGUUCGAAAACGGAGGACAUGCUCUACAUAAGAAAGAGGCUAAAUUUCUAUCAGAGAAUAUCAUUCUAAUGCUUCGACAUAUACUGUACUCUAACAAAUAAUAAAUUUAUUAAAAAUAUA